AUGGCCUCAGCCGGGGGCUUGACUCGCCGGAGAGGUGGCGGUCGAGCCGCUGGCCCAGACGAGAACGAUGACAGCAGAGUCUCCUCGCCGGUAUCUCGAAAUGGCUCUGCGAUGGAUAACCGGACCCCGGAGACCUCGUACACAAGCACGGAGAAUGGGCACAAGAUCGCGUUCGACCCGAGGGAUAUUAGCGAGACAGAGGAACGGAGCAAACAGCCUAAGCUUACACUGAUGGAAGAGGUUCUUUUACUGGGGUUGAAAGACAAGCAGGGCUAUUUAUCUUUCUGGAACGAGAAUAUUUCUUACGCCUUGCGAGGAUGCAUCGUCAUUGAGCUUGCUCUCCGCGGUCGGAUUAGCAUGCAGAAAGAUUCUUCUCGACGACGGUUUCCCCUGGCCGAUCGGGUGAUUGAAGUGAUCGACGACACUCUGACAGGGGAGGUCUUGCUGGACGAGGCAUUGAAGAUGAUGAAGUCGAGUGAGAAGAUGAGCGUCAAUUCCUGGAUUGACUUGAUGAGUGGUGAGACCUGGAACUUGAUGAAGAUCGGUUAUCAGCUUAAGCAAGUACGCGAACGCCUUGCUAAAGGCCUUGUCGACAAGGGAAUCCUCCGCACCGAGAAACGCAACUUCCUGCUCUUCGAUAUGGCUACCCACCCUGUCGCGGACGGCGGCGCUAAAGAUGACCUCAACCGCCGUGUACGCAACAUCUGCACCAGUCGCACUGUCAUUCUCCCAGCCAAUGCAUGGCUCCCCGAGGAUAUCGAGUUCCGCUAUCUGCGUACCAUUACCAUGGUCUGCGCCGCAUACGCUGCGAAUGUGCUGGAAAAUGCGUUGGUUACAAUGAGCCACGAGUCCCGCGAGAGAGCCUUUGCCCAGGUAGAUGAGCUGCUGGCCGAAUACUCACAGUGGCCAUUUGGACGUCGACCGGGUGGUUCCCAAGCCAUCGGAGCCAAUCUGGCGCAGGCUAUCAACGAUGAAGUGAGCAAAGUGAAGGACAGGGAGCUUCAAUUGGAGAUUGUCGCGGCCUGUCUAAGCGUUUUCACUAGACUUGAUUCCCUACUCUAG